UGUGUGUGUGUGUGUGUGUGUGUGUGUGUGUGUGUGUGUGUGUGUGUGUGUGUGUGUGUGUGUGUUGUCAGACAUCAGUUUGAGAUGGUGACGCUGAGCGAUCGUCUGGUCUGUGCUGCUGACAACCAGGAGGAGCUGCUGACUCACCUGCAUCAUAUCCUCAAGGUGAUUCUCCCAGGGGGCGUGUCCUAUGCCGAGGUGGGCGGGGCCUCUGCCGUCAGUAAGGUGUGUGUGGUUGAGGUGGGCGGGGCCUCGAGUCACUCUGACGCCUGGUUGUUGCUGUGGGAGGACGGAGUCAGUGUUUAUCCCGUCCACAGAGACACACAGCAGGCGCUGAGGAUGGAUCUGAGCACGCUCACUCACCACGAAAUGGGUCCAUCUGAAAACAUCAUCACCAUGGCAACGGCAGACAGGAGAAUGGCGUUGCGGUUCGAGGAGCAGCACAGCUGCCAAUCCUGGUUCAGCCACCUGCAGACAGCUCUGACCAAUCAGAGAGCAGCUCCCCAGCGCCAGAGCCCAGCUCGCCGGUCUCUGUACCCGGUGAUGUCACAGGGUACGGUCCCGCCGGCCGUGGAGCGCUGCAUCUCCCACAUCACCGCCCACGGUCUGAAGGUGGACGGCGUGUACCGACGCUGCGGCCUGGCUCCCAAAGUCACCCGAUUGGUGGAAGCCCUGAUGACAUCACCUAGCUCCGCCCCUCUGGAGAGCGACGAGCAGGGCGUUCUGGACGCUGGCUCCGCCCUCAAACAAUAUGUCCGCCAGCGGGAGAGUCUGAUCCCCGACGCCGUGCGCCAGCAGUGGGUCAACGCUGCAAUGAUUUCAGACGAACGCUCCAGGUUUUCAGCCUACCGACGGUUGCUGAGGCAACUCCCUGACGACAACCGAGCAACACUGAACGCGCUGUUUGGACACUUCUACAUGGUCCAGGUCUUCUCUCAGGUGAACAGGAUGUCAGCUCAGAACCUGGCUCUGGUUCUGGUCCCAACUCUGUUCCAGACUCUGAACCAGGAUCUGCUCCGACUCACCAGAGAGCUCAUCAUCCACCACACGCUGCUCUUCCUGACGGCUGAGAGAGGCGAGGAAGAGGAGGUCACCGUCCUCUGAAGAUCACUUCUUUAUUCUUCCACCUUCCCUCUGGAACAUUUAACCCUGGCUCUGUCUCCUGUCUACCGUGAGACAACUUUUAGUUUCUCUGGGUCAACAUUUUAAUCAAAACUUUUUCUUUCAACAUUUUUUAUUUUUUGACACUUGUAGAUUUCCCCGCUGUUUUCUCACUUUUCACAAUUAUAUUUUUUUUUUUACGUUUUCUUGACGAUUUUGCACCCUUAUUCCCCCAAGUUCUUUGUCACUUUUCACGAUGAUUUUCUUGAUUAUUUUAAUUAUUUUUUUCCAAGUUUAUUGUCACUUUUUCGACAUUUUUUUCCUACGUUUUUCACGUUUACAUGAAGAGCGUCGUAGGGAACCAUCCACAUUAUUUUUUGGACAGUUUGGUUAAAAGAAACUCAAAUUUCUGAUAUACAAACUUUUUGAAAACAGGAGAGUUAAGUCAUAAAAUCAUCAGUUUACUUUCUGCUGUUUAGGUCAAAGUGAUAUUUUCCUUCAGGAAGAAUAAAAGUUGUAUUCUGAUAUUCUGUCACAUGAUGUCGUUUACAUCUUUAGAUUAAUCUUUAUGAAAAUGUUAAAUUAGAGUUUAUAUUUCCUCACAGAAAGUUUAACUGUUGUUAAUCCUGUCGUUUAGUAUCUCGAGGUUUAUUAUCUUUUGUCCCAAACUCAUUAAAUCAGAAACUGAACUUCUUCA